UGGCUCCAGCAUUUGGCGGAUGUUCGCGGCCUCCCGGCGCCAUGAAGACGCACCAUGGUGCGUUCAAGGUCGGCGGCGCCUUCCAGGCGGCGGCGAGGCCCCUGUGCGCCGGGGCGGUCUUCCGGCAGCCACGACAGAGCGCGGCUGCCGCCGUCGUGGCGGAUAGCGGCGACGGCCGGCCGACCCUGGCGGAGCUCGCGGAAGGCCCUUACUUCGUCCUCGCCCUCCUCCUCGACGGCAGCACGUUGUGCUGCGCCGACGCCACCUGCCGGCUGCUCCGCCAGCUGAACCGGGCGCGGAUCGGCCCGUGGCGGGCGCUGGGCGCUCGGGCUUUCCACGGCCUGGAGCUCGAGCGGGAGGGCACGUUCGAGCAGCCAGCCGCGGCCUUCCCAGAACUCGAGCGGGGCGGCGACGGCUCCUGUGCGAGCGGCAGGAAGCUCGCGCGCAUCGACUGGAAGGGGCGGUACCACCACUUCCGCGUGGACGUGCCCACCUUCUGCGCGCCCUUCGCGGGGCCCGAGAUCACGACCGUCGCCCACCCCGACGAGGUGGCGUACUUCCGGUGCCGGCUCUGCACGGACGUCCUCGGCGAGGCUUCCGACCGUGGUGUGUACCUUGAGGUGGAGGUCCUCUCCAACCCCGACAACCUUAGCAUGGCCGUCGUGGACUUCGAGGCUGGAGGCUGCAGCAGCGUGACCUUCAGCCCCGACACCGGCGCCGUCAUACGCGAGCGGAAGGUCCGGGAAGCCCCUCGGAAGGUACACGCAGCCACCCCGCGCGUGCCACGCAUGCUGCGCUGCGCUCCGCUCCGUGCGCCGCGCCUGCCGCUUUCCUUUCGGGCAUACUGGCAUCCCCGGUCCGAACACGUGGUGACUCAGCGGCUGCAUUGCUUAACAGAAACAGCAUGAGGUCCGUAUUGCAUGAGCUACUGGCG